AUGGCUGAAGAAAAUAACCCCGAUGGAGGGCAGAGUGAAGACGUGGUUUUGCUAGAUGGUAAACUCUCAAAAAUCAGAAGCCAAAUCAAUUCCAAACUCGACAAUCAGAAGCAUUUGGCCAUUAUUUUAUCAGCUGUGGAGGAGAAUAUCGAAGAGCAAAAGAAUGACAGAACGCCAGUAGCGUAUUUUGUCUCCUUCUUAUCGCUACUUGACCAAUGUAUACAGGAUGAGCAAAUAGUUGACCAGAACUUGGCUGCCACCACUGCCUAUUUUCUUGACCUCAUCUUCCCCUUUACCCCAAAAGCAUUGUUGAAGCAAAAGUUUGGUGAUAUCUUGGUAAAGUUGUCACAACCAUUGAAUGUUGAUGCAGAAGCUCCACUUGUGAGGUCUACUAUUGGGGCCAUUGAGAGCUUGCUUUUAGCUCAAGAUAACGCUCGCUGGUUAACAAAUGGGGCUGUUUCUCCAAUUAGGGCAUUUCUGGCAUUGAUUGAGUUGUCAUUUGAUCCCAGACCGAAAGUGAGAAGAAGGGCACAUGAAGCAGUAAAGAACAUCUUGACGAAUCCGCCACCAAGUCCGAGUCCCAUCCAUGUUGCUGCUGUAGGAGCAUCUGAUGCAUCCUUGAGACAGCUCACGGCUCUCUUAAAUGAAUAUAGACUGCAAAGAAAAAGCAAUGCAAACAAGGAACUCAAUUCACAAAUUAUUCACUGCUUACAACUUAUAACUAUCAUAACGUCUGCCAAUUCAUGGCCAGUAAAGAAUAUCGAAGGUUUAGGUGACUCGCUUUUGGAAAUUUCGAAAACUUCUGACCAAUUCUUGGUCUCAGCAGCAUUUGAAGCAUUUGAAGGGCUCUUCAAGUCAAUGACUGAUGUUAUUGAUGUGGAAAGAUUCACCAAGGUAUUAAAUGUCAUUUUGGACCUCAAACCUAGUGUUAAUGACGCCCAUUUGAGUCCUUCGUGGUUGACUGUUGUUGCAAAGGCUUUGGAGAGCUUUAGUGUUUUGUCACCACUUGAUUGCAUCAAAAUGUAUCCACAAGUCUUGCCUUCAGUUUGCGAGUUCUUAGGUUCUGAUUCUGAAAAUAUUUACACCAAUGCAGCACAUUGCUUGACAGCCAUAGUGUCGCAAACGAUACCAGAAAAGUUUCUUUUACAACCAAGUAAGGACUAUGGAAUCACACCUGAAAUAUAUGAAACGGUUGACGAAACGAUUGCUUUUGUUUCUGGGCUUAUAGAAAAGGAGUUGUUCACCAUAAAGUACCAACAUGCUACAGGACAAAUUUUAAACUUUGUAUCUGUCACUAUCAAAAAGCUCCACUCGAGAGCUAACCCAGAUUUUCUAAACAUUUUGGAAGUUGUUGGUAAUUGGAGAACAAACGAGACUGACAGCUUUCCCCACAAUAAAGAAGCUGAAGACUGUAUUGCCGCAUGUGUUUCGGCAAUGGGUCCGGAAGCUGUUUUGGGUGUUUUGCCUUUGAACUUGACAGGUGAGGGGAAUGGACCUGGAAGGGCUUGGUUAUUGCCUAUUCUUAGAGACAAUGUCCGCUUUGCAGAAUUGGAGUUUUUCAAAACCCAAAUUUUGCCGACUGUUGACUUUUUUGAAGCAAAGAUUGCUGCUUCUGGUGAUACGGCAUCUAUGAAUGCAAAAAUUUUCCAGACAAUCAUUGAUCAAGUUUGGUCAUUGUUGCCCCGUUUCUGCGACCUUCCAAGGGACUUGACGACUGCUUUUGAUGAGCCUUUUGCUACAAAGUUGUCAGAUUUGAUGUUUGCAAAUGUUGAAUUGAGAACUCCGAUUUGUAAUGCUUGGAGGGCACUUGUUCAAUCUAAUGUGUCCUACAGGGAUGCUGCGUCAAGUGAAGAUUUAUUGUUGCAACAGGAAUUCCCCAAAACAGACGCUGAGAAGAACAUCACAUAUUUGAGCUCCAUAGCGUCCAACAUUUUGACUGUUUUGUUCAACGUAUUCACAUACACUAUGCCUGAAUCCAGAGGAUUCGUGUUGGAAACUGUUGAAGCAUACUUGCAGAUUGUGCCACCGCAAGAACUUGCAGCUACAUUUGAUAAGGUUUGUGGUAUGUUGAAAAAUGCAUUGGAUGAAGAGGCACAAAGUUCCAAGAAUAUCGAUUCCAGACCUGACACCAGUGUGACCAUGAUGGACUUGAUUGUUGCUAUGGCCAAGUACGUACCUGAAACGUCACACAACGCGCUUUUUUCCAUUUUCGUCACUACUGUGUCAUUGGAAUCAAAACCAUUACUUCAAAAAAGAUCGUAUAGGAUUCUUUCCAAAUUGUGUGAGUCUGAAGAAGGGAAAAAUUCAGUUUUGAAAUAUGUUGGAGAUGUUGAAAACAGAAUCAUUGAAACUACAGAAGUCACUAAUCAGGCCGCAAGACCCGCAAGAUUGACAGCGAUUUUGUUACUUUUGGAUAUUCUCCCGAACACUGACUUGAAUUUUAUUCCAUCGAUUUUACAAGAGAUUAUCAUUGCAACCAAAGACGUGAAUGAGAGAUCAAGAGGUUUAUCUUAUCAAAUAUUGAUAAAGAUGGGACACAAAAUGAGCCAGGGAGGUGUGAUAGAUAACUCCAAGGUCUCUGGAUUUGAUUCAAGUGCGGCACCUUCUGAAGCCUCUUUAACGGAGUUUUUCACUAUGGUUAGUGCUGGUUUAGCCGCGCUGAGUGCGCACAUGAUCUCCGCAACCAUCACUGCUAUAGCAUGCCUAGUUUUUGAGUUCAAGAAUCAAUUGUCUACUGAGACCCUCUUUGAGAUUUCCUCGACAGUGGAGUUGUUUUUGACGCAUAAUUCCAGGGAAAUUGCUAAAUCUGCAAUCGGAUUUGUUAAAGUUGAGAUAUUGUCAUUGCCUGAAGAGAUGGUGAGAAGCAACUUGAGUGAACUUUUAAGUAAAUUGAUGAAAUGGUCGCAUGAACAUAAAGGUCACUUUAAAAGCAAGGUGAAGCAUAUCAUAGAAAGGCUUAUCAGAAAGUUUGGAGUAGAGGAAGUUGAAAAUGCCAUUCCUGAAGAAGACAAGAAAUUAGUUGCAAAUAUCAAAAAGACCAGAAACCGAGCCAAGAGAAAGCAAGAAAUUAGCCCCGAGUUGCAAGCCGCAGCCAAUCCAUCCUCGAGCGCCAAGAAAUUUGUUUCUGCAUAUGAAGAAGCACUCUAUGAUUCGGACGUAUCGGAUGAAGAGGGAGUUGAUAUAUAUGAUGAGGAUGCCAGCAGGGCCAGAAAAGGCAAGAAAUCUAAUCAAUUUAUAUUGGAAACUGGGGACGAACCACUCAACUUGUUGGAUCGUCAAUCAUUGGCCCAUAUCUCCUCGUCCAAACCUAAGAAACUCACCAAAUCCGAACUCAAAUCAAAGACUGAUGAAUUCAAGACAAAGAAUGGUAAAUUGGUCUUUAGUGAAGGUGGUGAAAAUGAUGAUCCGUUUGCCAAGAAAGGCUCUGGCAUAGAUGCAUACUUGGAUGCUGUCAAGCAGGCACCAGUAAGAGGUCAAAAGAACAAAUUGAAAUUCAAAAAGACCAGGGGUGAUGAUGAUGAUGAAACUUGGUCAGAUGAUGAAGAGGGCGACGCUAAAAGUAGGCCAGUUGCAAAGAAAUCGAAAGUACUUGGAAAGUCAAAGAUUUCAAAACCAACGAAACAAAGAUUCAAAGCACAUAAGAAGCUUUAG